AUGGAGGGUCACCUGGAGGCGCGUCUGCAGAAUGGCAUCUCCGACCUGGCGCAGGACCGGCUGUUGAUGUCCCGCGGCACCGUCGGCACCACGAUCUCCCAUGAGCCGCGCGGCCACAGCGCCGGCCUCAGCCGGGGCAGGUGGGACUGCAUCUUCAGCGUCAUCAAGAAGUCCUGCCAGAACCCGGACUUCGUCCCGCCCGACCGGUCCGCCGUCGCCAUGACGGUGCCCUUCAUGGACGCCUACGUCGAGCUACGCAUCCAUACGUGCCAUCGCGGCGGUGUGCACGCCAUAGGCGGCAUGGCCUCGCAUAUCCCCAUCGAGGACGACCGGCAGGCCAACGACCGCGCCAUGGACGGCGUGCGCGCCGAUGAGGUCCGCGAGGUCCACGCCAGCCACAAUGGCUCCUAG